GUUCUUGCUGUAGAAGAAGGGGAAGUUAUCUGAGGUAAAUAGUGUAGCCUCCAUUUUUAGUCUGAGAGCAGAGCAGGAAACUGAAGUGUGAUUUCAGUAAAACAGACGGAGAGCAGAGUCUCCUGGACCCAGCUGUCUGUCUCUGAAGAGUGACCGGUCCAAAGGUCAUCCUCAACCUGGACCCUGUCAGACCACACAUACUCCUGAACGUUUGUAGAAAAUGUGAGGACAGCUGAAACCCCUGAAAUCUCUGUGGGUUCAUUUAGUUUGAAGCUCUGAAGUGAAACUAAAAGCAGUGUCUAACCUGUUGAAGAGAAACACUCAGAAACUGACUGCUGACACACACACACACACACACACACACACACACACACACACACACACACACACACGGCCAGCAAAGUCCCUGUAACAGGAGGAGGGAGGAGUUACACUGAUCAUGUGAUUUCAGAGAAACGGGAGGGAGCUCUGAAAGUGAAACUGUUUAUGUCAGUCUCCAUUUUGAGUCCGAGAGCAGAACAGGAAACUGAAGUGUGACUGACUUCAGACCAGAACAUGAGCGUUCGUUUAGAGGAAGAGGAGGACAGAGCAGAGUCUCCUGGACCCAGCUGUGUGUCUCUGAAGAGUGACUGGUCUAAAGAUAAUCCUCCAGACAUCAGUGAUGAACCUGGACCCAGCUGUGUGUCUCUGAAGAGUGACUGGUCUAAAGAUAAUCCUCCAGACAUCAGUGAUGAACCUGGACCCAGCUGUGUGUCUCUGAAGAGUGACUGGUCUAAAGAUAAUCCUCCAGACAUCAGUGAUGAACCUGGACCCAGCUGUGUGUCUCUGAAGAGUGACUGGUCUAAAGAUAAUCCUCCAGACAUCAGAAAUGAACCUGGACCCUCAGACUCACAACCUCCAGUCUUCAGUAAUGAACCUGGACCCUCAGACUCACGGGGGAGGAAGAGGAGUCCUGUCUCUGUGGACGAGCAGCCGUCCUGCUGUGCUGUGUGUCGGGACGUCCUGAAGGAUCCAGUCUCUACCAGCUGUGGACACUGGUUCUGCAGAGAGUGCCUCACCUCAUACUGGGACCAGUCUGGUUCACCAGGAGACUCUUCCUGUCCCAGAUGUGGAAACAGAUCCAGAACAGGACCUGGACCUGAUACAGCCAGCCGGGCACAAAAGCCUGGUGGUCUGCAGGAGGUUUUCAAGGAACACAAGAUCAACCUGAGGAGGAGAUGUGAACGUGUGACUGAAGGAAGUGAUGAAACAGGAAGUAGAACCCUCCUCAACAGGAUCUACACUGAGCUCUACAUCACAGAGGGACAGAGUGAAGAGGUGAAUACCCAACAUGAGGUGAGAAAGCUGGAGACCGCCUUCAUGAAGAAGAUCCUCCAGGAAACUCCCAUCAAGUGCCAGGACAUCUUCAGAGCCUUACCUGGUCAACAGGAACCCAUCAGAGUGGUUCUGACAAAUGGCGUCGCUGGGAUUGGAAAAACCUUCUCAGUGCAGAAGUUCACUCUGGACUGGGCAGAGGGCUUGGAGAAUCAAGACCUCAGUCUGGUGGUUCUGCUUUCAUUCAGGGAGCUGAACCUGUUCAGAGAUGAGCGUUACAGUCUCCUCCAGCUGCUCCAUGAUUUCCAUCCAACAUUACAGAAGGUCUCAGCAGAGACGCUGGCUGUCUGUAAACUGGUGUUCAUCUUAGACGGCCUGGACGAAAGCAAACUGUCUCUGGAUUUCAACAACACUCAGGCUGUGUCUGACGUCACACAGAGCUCAUCCAUAAACCUGCUGUUAACAAACCUCAUCCAGGGGAAUCUGCUCCCCUCAGCUCUGAUCUGGAUCACUUCCCGACCCGCAGCAGCCAAUCAGAUCCCUCCUUCACACGUUGACAGGGUCACAGAAGUCCGAGGCUUCAGUGACGCCCAGAAGGAGGAGUACUUCAGGAGGAGGUUCAGUGAUGAAGAUCUGUCCAGCAGAAUCAUCUCACACAUCAAGACCUCCAGGAGCCUCCACAUCAUGUGUCAGAUCCCGGUCUUCUGCUGGAUCACUGCUACAGUUCUGGAGCAUAUGAUGAGCACAGAGCAGAGAGGAGAGCUGCCCAAGACCCUGACCGACAUGUACUCAUACUUCCUGCUGGUCCAGACCAAGAGGAAGAGGAAGAAGUAUGCUGAGGGUCCUGAGACCAGUCCUCAGGAGCUGAUGGAGGCUGACAGAGAAGUUCUUCUGAAGCUUGGCAGGCUGGCGUUUGAGCAUCUGGAGGAAGGAAACAUCAUGUUCUACCAAGAAGACCUGGAGUGCUGUGGUCUGGAUGUCACAGAGGCCUUGGUGUACUCAGGACUCUGUGCAGAGAUCUUUAAAAGAGAGUGUGUGAUCUUCCAGAAAACAGUCUACUACUUUGUUCAUCUGAGCGUUCAGGAGUUUCUGGCUGCAGUCUACAUGAUCAACUGUUUCACAAGCAGGAACAAAGCAGCACUGAAGGAACAAGGCAGGAACAAAGCAGCAAGGAAGGAACAAGAAAGGAACAAAGCAGCACUGGAAGAACAAGACAGGAACACAGCAGCACUGGAGGCUUUUCGGUGGAAACAACACAAAGUUUCAACUUUUGAAGACCUCCUGAAGGGAGCUAUGAUGAAAGCUCUGAUAAGUAGAAAUGGUCACCUGGACCUGUUUGUCCGCUUCCUUCAUGGACUCUCUCUGGAGUCAAACCAGAGACUCUUAGGAGGCCUGCUGGGUCACACAGACAACAGUCCAGAGAUGAUCCAAAGAGUCAUCAACAACCUGAAGAAGAUGAACGGUGAUGAGAUCUCUCCUGACAGAAGCAUCAACAUCUUCCACUGUCUGAUGGAGAUGAACGACCUCUCAGUCCAUCAGGAGAUCCAAGAGUUCCUGGAGUCAGAGAACAGAUCAGAGAAGGAACUCUCUGAGAUCCACUGCUCUGCUCUGGCCUACAUGCUGCAGAUGUCAGAGGAGGUUCUGGAUGAGUUUGAUCUGAAUAUGUACAAAACAUCAGAGGGGGGACGACUGAGACUGAUUCCAGCUGUGAGGAACUGCAGGAAGGCUGUGUAA